AUGCAUCUUUCUAGUUUUUUAUUGGCUUUAACACUCACUGCUUGUUUGCAAUUGGUUUUCGCCGCCCCUUUGGUCACUGAGACCCGGUAUGUAUUGGCUAAGCGACAAUGUCCACCAGGAACUGCGCCUGCGCCUCCUCCACCACCACCUCCACCACCAGCUCCCGUGUAUUCAGCCGCUGAAUGCUAUCAAGCCACUCAUGAUGUUGCUUGUUAUCAGGCUCCCCGUCCCCCUCCACCUGCGCCUGCGCCUGCCAGUAAUGGACCUCCCAAGGCUGGUAGUUUGAAACUGCCCGAUCUUACCUGUUACCCACUUCCUGCGGCUUCUCUUCCAGGAUAUCCAGUGUUACCACCCGUCCCCCCACCUGUUCUUCCCGCUGUACCUGCCGCACCUAUCCCAGCUGCACCCGUCAUUCCUUCGCCUACCUUACCAACCGUGCCUACCCUACCAGGUAUUCCUGAAGCUAGUUUGCCAGAUUUAAGUUCUGUAGCUCUUCCUGGGCUUCCUGAAUUACCCGGUCUUCCAGCAUUACCAGGACUUGGAAGAUAG